ACAUUAUCGAUUUAUCUUUGAUAUAGGGUUUUUUAUUCGUUUCUCGCAGUCGCAAAGAAGCGUGGGAGAGCAGAAGCAAGCGAGAGUGUGAAACGCAAAUAUGCCUGCUGGACACGGACUGAGGUCGAGGACUCGGGAUCUUUUCUCGAGGCCUUUCAGGAAGAAGGGCCCAACUCCUCUCUCAAUCUAUUUGCGGACCUACAAGAUUGGAGACUAUGUCGAUGUCAAGGUGAACGGGUCAAUUCACAAGGGCAUGCCCCACAAGUUCUACCAUGGCCGCACCGGCCGCGUCUGGAACGUCACAAAACGUGCCAUAGGUGUUGAAGUCAACAAACAGGUUGGUAAUCGCAUAAUAAGGAAGAGGAUCCAUGUCCGAGUCGAGCAUGUGCAGCCCUCACGCUGCCAUGAGGAAUUCCUGCAAAGAAUCAAGAGAAAUGAUGCACUAAAAGUGGAAGCAAAAGCUAGAGGGGAAGUGAUAAGCACUAAGAGGCAGCCAAAGGGCCCUAAACCUGGCUUCAUGGUGGAAGGUGCAACUUUAGAAACAGUUACACCAAUUCCCUACGACGUGGUCAAUGAUCUCAAGGGUGGUUAUUAAGCAUAUUAUUUGGUGUUCUUGCUCUAUUAAUUUGCUUGGAACGCUUGGCAGAUGAGUAAUGCUAAUGGGGUCUGGAUUCCAGAGCAUCGUUGCCAUAAAGAAAUGAAUUCAGACAAAUGUGACUUGAAAAAAUGUAUGGCAAAAUGUUCGGAAAAGCCGCUCGGGAUGGGAAAAUGCAGAGGAAGCCAUUGCAUCUGCACGUAUUACUGCCAUCACCCUCCAGAAUAAUCUUCUGUUUAAAGUGCUUUCAUCUCUUGCCCCUAUCCUUGCGUGAUAAUCUCUCUCUCUUUGUUUUUCUUUUUGAAUGAAUUCUCUAAAUUUAUGUUGUUUCUUCUCAAAUGAAUCUUGUCCAGGACACCUUCUAAUUUC